CCGAGUUCCUGGAAGGCCAGGGAUCCCGCCCUGCGGCUCCAAGGCCAGACAGCCCUCCUUUGGAACGUGCAGGACAGGAGGACCCCAUUCAGCAGUUCCAGAGCAGUCCUCGAUCGCUCAAGCCUGGAUUCCUGCUUUCUAGGCUUCAGGCCCAACCAAUUGGGAAGAGUCGACAUCACCCCCACCCCCGCCAGAAGCCCUUGGGCAGGUGGAAAACCCAGGUUAACUACAGCUGGGCCGAGGGGCGGAGUCUCCCGAGGUCACCCGAGGCGGUGGAGAAGGUCAUCCACGGGACACAAAGGGGCCGGACCUCCGCAGCGCCGGGGGGCGUGGGAUUGGGCCCCAGGCCGGGGGCGGGGCCUGUGUGGGCGGCGCCGCAGGGGCGCAAGACUUCCCGUGCGUGGAGGCUCUGGGCGGUGUUGCUAGGCCUGCUGUCGGACCCGGAGUGGCAAGAUGGGAACGCUCCCCAAACGCAAGGACAUUCCUCCGUGGGUGAAGGUUCCGGAAGACCUGAAAGAUCCCGAGGUGCUGCAGGUACAGACGCGGCUGCUGGAAGCCAUGUUUGGCCCAGACGGUUCUCGAAUCCCUUACAUUGAGCAAGUGAGCAAGGCCAUGCUCGAGCUGAAGGCUCUGGAAUCUUCGGACCUCACCGAAGUGGUGGUUUACGGCUCCUACAUGUACAAGCUCCGGACCAAGUGGAUGCUGCAGUCCAUGGCUGAGUGGCACCGCCAGCGGCAGGAGCGUGGCGUGAACGGCGAGAUGCUGGCGGCCUUCCAGAGGACCUGCAUCGUCUUACUCAGUAUCGAACUGGACCCGCUGGGUGGAGUCCUGAUCUUCAUUUACGGACGACCCUUCCUACAGACCCUUGCGAUGCUCCUGAUCGUGUCAGCAUCUUUCCAGCUUCGGAUCCGCAGAAAUCGAGCCAGAGCGUGGGCCAAGGGCCUGCAAGGUUCCGUGUGGGCCUCCAGGCGCUUCAUUUAAGGCCUGUCCGGAACCCGUGACCUAGACCACGCGCUUGCGCUGUGCGGGAACCUGGAACAGGAACGGCGUUACCUGCGGAUGGACUCCUGCCUGGAGGUUCCGACCCAAGGCUCAGUUCCGAUUGUGCCAUGAAGGGGUGGGGAUGGAGAUAGGUGUGGGGCGAGUGUUCUUAAUUCUGUCGUGGUUUCAGUUAUUGCAAAAUCGAGCUUUUAAAUGACGUUUUAAUGGUUUUAUAAUAAACAAUUUUAGUGUGGUUUGUGUGUGGAAUAGUGUUCCUUACCAUGUAAGAUGAGAAAGAGAAAUUUUUAA